UCACACUGCAUAUUGUCUAGCUAUUUUGCUCUUCUAGUAACCAUGAAGAGGCAUAGCAGCUUUAGUGGUUGUACCAUGCUUUUGAUUUUCUUGAUGUCAUGCAGUGUCACGAGGUCUCAGUUAUCUGCUGAUUUCUACUCAACUUCAUGUCCUAAUCUUUUGAAAAUUGUACGUAAAGAGGUUCUAAAUGCUGUUAAAACCGAGACGCGAAUGGCAGCAUCUUUACUUCGUCUUCACUUCCAUGAUUGCUUUGUAAACGGUUGCGAUGGGUCAGUUCUGCUGGAUGGAGACGACAGUGAAAAGCUUGCUGUACCUAAUCUAAAUUCAGCAAGAGGAUUCAACGUUGUAGACAACAUAAAAACUGCAGUGGAGAGUGCUUGCCCUGGACUUGUUUCCUGUGCCGACAUACUAGCCAUUGCUGCCCGAGAUUCAGUCGUCUUAGUAAAGUGGGGAAGUUCUUGGAAAGUCCAACUGGGAAGGAGGGAUGGACUGGUGGCAAACCAGACACAAGCCAACAAUCUUCCUUCUCCCUUUGAGUCAGUUGUCGCCAUCACUGCCAAGUUUGUUGCAGUGGGCCUAAAUCAAACUGACGUUGUGAUCCUUUCAGGUGCCCAUACUAUUGGGUUAGCAAGGUGUGCCCUUUUCAGCAACAGGCUGUACAACUUCUCAGCGACUAACGGAGCGGAUCCUACAAUGGAUGCAGGCAUGGUGGCUGACCUACAAAGCCGGUGUCCCACCACUGGAGAUGGGAACAACACAGCCCCGCUUGAUCGCAACUCCACCGACUUGUUCGAUAACCACUACUUCCAGAACUUGCUCAAUAGGAAGGGCCUACUUUCAUCGGACCAGAUCUUGUAUUCUAGUGAUGAGGCUGCAAACACUACCAAGAGCUUGGUUGAGCUAUAUAGCAGUAACCCCAUGCUCUUCCUUAGUGACUUUGCCAAUUCCAUGAUUAAGAUGGGAAACAUAAGUGUUUUGACAGGCUCAAGUGGAGAGAUCAGGAAGAAUUGUCGGGUGGUUAAUUCUUAG